AUGUUAGGUAUGUUGAUACUGAUCAUCCCUUUAGUGUCAGCAGCUUCAAAUGCAGAUCCCAACAAAAGUCUCGGAACCUUGAACCUAACGUAUGAAAUGUGUGGCAUGAUCCGACCAAUAGGUAGCAACCAGUGUGUCACUGUGCCCGGAAAUAGGGACGAUACUCUCAUUCUGACCUCUGAUUGUGCUGUGAGGAACGUAUUCUGCUACAACUCAACGAGUAGGUUUAUCAAACCUAAGGACGAUGACAAGGACUGUGUAGCAAGCGAGGAUAACAGGCUUCUCCUCAAGACUUGCGAGGACCUCGAACUUAUGAAAUGGUUAUACUCGAUAGAACCCAUGAUUAAGCAAUCUGAAAAAUGCUGGAAACAGUCUGCUUCUACAAAUGCCAAUGCUAAAGAUAUUGGAGUUGUCGCUGAGUGUGACGAAGAGUGUCACUUCCAACUCAUCAAAAGUUCAGGUGAUAAGACGCACGAGAUCAACUUGACGAAAGAGAAGAUAGACCUCAGAUUCGGACUCAAACCUGGGGUUACCAAGAAUAAUGUCCUAAACUACCGCUGUCAAGUGGUUCUCAACUUCUUCUCAGACGAUAAAGAAUCCAGUAUUGGACUGGUCAGAGUGCACAUGCGAUCAUUCGAGACACAAUCUACUAUUAACCAGAGUGUGACGGUCGUCAACUGGGAGGACUCAUCAACUAGCUGCACCAAGGAUUCAACAGAUCACCCUGCACUGAAGAAACUUCACACUGGCGAGGCAAACUUGAUUCUAUCUGUGGAUACGCUUGGUAACUUGAGGAUGGAGCUAGACAUAGUUAAUGAGACUUUUGAAUGUGAAAGUGGGUUCCUGAAAAGAGCAACGAAGAUGGUCGUUCAAUGGGUAAAUCUGGCAAAGCCUCCGUUUAGGAACAAAGCGGAUGAAUUUUUCACAGUUGAACUGAGAACAAUAACAAUUCCUGUUCACGGUAGGUACACUGAGUACGGUAGUUGGUCGGAAUGUUCUAAAGAAUGCGGAGUAGGAACCAAAACCCGAACUAGGACUUGUACUAACCCGGCACUUCAACACGGAGGAGAUGAGUGUGUUGGUGACGCGCAAGAUCAGACCUGCAAUACACAUCCUUGUCCAAGUAAAACAUUUUAA